AUGCAGCCCCUCUCGUCCCUGGCAGGCAUCGGCGUGCUCGACUCGCCAAACGUAUCGUCAAACGGCUCGACCGUCGUCCAACGCACCUUACCCGACAUUUCUCUCGGGUCGCUGGGCUCGAGCUUCCACUCGGCCGAGGAGGGCGACUAUGACGACCGGCAAGGCGGCGGGCUAAGGGGAGGAUUUAAUCCUCCCGACCUCCCCCGCAUCCCUUCGCCUGACAAGGAGGGCGCACUGUUCACGUCGUCAAACCAGCCGCCACCAUCGGCGCUGCUUGCGCUCUCGCCGCCCCCGAGCACGCGUCGCGGCCUCCCCGAAGACUCGGGCGCGCCCCGGCGCUCGCGAUACCUCCGUUCCAAUCGGGACUCGGACGACUCGGACGAGGACACGGACGCGCUGGACGCGCGGUACACGCACACCAAUGCCGCGUCUGACGACGAGGAGGGGGUGCUCGGCCAGCUGUCGCUCAAUGUCAGCCACCGGCGCGCGGGAGACCUGCGUACUUCGUACGCUGGCGGUCCGAGCAAGCGCAGCGGAAGGCACAGCGUCGCGGCUACUGGCCCUACGCAGAUGACGCUGCGCGAGCAGGAGCAGAAUGUCGACGCGUUGCAGAAGGAAAACUUCAAUCUGCAGCUCGAGAACCACUUUCUCAAGGAGCGCCUCGCCCAGAUGGCGCCCGACCACAUCGAGUCGGCGCUCAAGGAGAACGUGAAGCUCAAGAUUGAGAUUCUGAAUUACAGCAAGGAGCUGAAAAAGUCGAAAAAGCUGCUCAUGCAGCAGGACCGCGAUUUGACGGCCGCCGCGCGUGAUCGUGAGAGCAAGGGUGGGCGCGCGCGCGAGCGCGACGCCGAGUCGCGCGAGAUGGAGGCCAUGUGGCGUGAGGAGAAGGAGCGCCGCGUUGCCCUCGAGGCCGAGCUGGACCAGAUCCGCGACUCGGACGACGACCGCGUGCGCCAGUUGGAAGAGGAGCUCGACGUCGCGCGCGGCACCAUCGACGACCAUGCCCUUGAGAUCAGCAACCUCCGGGACGCGGCCGACCGGGCCGAGGAGGAGGUCGACAAGCUGCGCGAGGAGGCAAAGGGGUUAACCGAGAGCGUGGGCAUGGGCAAGGGCCGCGAGGCGCGCAUGAUGUCCAAGCUCGAGCAGGAGAAUGCCCAGCUCAAGGCUGAUCUGGACGAGGUGCGCAAGGCUUCCGCUAACGACUUGGACCUGAUGGAGGAGCAAGUCAACGAGCUGCGAGACAAGCUCGCCGGCGCCCAAAUCGACUUAGAACGCCGCGACGAGGAGAUCGACGAGUUAAACAACGAAGUCGACGCCAAGGUCAACGAGCACGAGCGCGAGAUUCAGCAAGUCGAGUCCGAGUGGCGCGACGAGGUGUUGGAAGCCAGGGCGCAGGUGGACGAGCUCAAGGAUGUGCUCCAGGAGCGCGAGCAGGACCUCGAGGACAUUCGCAAGCUCGUACUGGAGCGCGAAGAGGAGCUCGUUAUUGCUCGUGAGCGCGUCGCCGAACUUGAGGCUGCGCAGGGCGAGACCCACGACCGCCUGGAGGAGACCUUACGCAACAUCGACAUGGACAACGCCGAGAAGGAGGCGGAUCUCGUGUCUGCCAACCGCGAGGUCGAGGCGCUUGGCCAGAAGGUGUACGACCUCGAGGAGCUGAUCGAGGAGCUGCGUGACCGCGAGACCGAGCUCAACGGCGAGCUUCAGAGGCUCGAGGAGGCGUACGACGGCGAAAAGGCCCAUUACGAGGAGCUCGUCUCCGCCCUCAAGGACGCCCGCAAAAAGACGCAAGACGAGCGUGACGACCUCUCUACACAGCUCCAGCACGAGAAGGAAGCGCAUUCGUCCAACCGCGGUGUGUGGGAGAAUGAGCGUGCAUCGGAUCAGGAGCACCACCGCCGCCAGCUGGCCAGCCGAGACCAGGUCAACGAGCGCCUCACGGCCGAGCUCGAGGCGGCCAGAGAUCGCGUCGCGAUGCGCGACCGCGACCUCGUUUCUGUCCAGAACGCCCUCCGCGACGUCGAGGACCAGAGGAGAAAGUUGGGAGACGAGCACUCGUCUGGCCAGCACGUACUCGAGAUCGAGCUGGAGCGUCUCCGCCGCGACCUGGCUCAGUGCGAGGACGACUUGGAUCGCGCGCGCGACGAGUUGCGCGAGCGCGAACAGGCACUCAGCGACCGAGACAUGGAGGUUGCCGACUUGAUGGACAAGCACCGCGAGCUCGAGGGCAAGCUCAGCAGCGAACGCCAGGGCCGCCUUGGCCUGUCCGACAAGCUGGACGCGAUGAGCAAGGCUGCGCGUCAGCAGGAGCGCGAGUCUGCAUCCCUGCGCGAGAGGCUCGAGACGCUUGAGCCACUGUUAACUGAGAAGGAGCACUCGAGGCUUCGACUGCAGAAGGAGAGCGAUCAGCAGCGUCAGGAGCGCACCGAGCUGCUGUUGAGAGUCUUCAAGGACAUCAACCGGUUCCUCGGGACUGAUGACUCGACAACACCAGCCAACUUCAACGUCUUCCGUGACACCCUGCUGCAGCGCUUGCGUUCGAUCAACGGCGCACGGGCCGACUUUGACAAGCGCAUCAAGGACACGGAGACCAAGAUGGAGCAGAAGAUGGCGUCGUUGAAGCGCCAGCUGGACGCCAAGUGGCGCGCUCUCGACUCUUUCGAGGCAUCUGUCAAGAAGCUCGAGCUCGCGCGUGCCCAGUGGCGCAGCAAGUACUCGCUCAAGGACGGCGAGCUGGAAGCGUCCAAGGCGAGGAAUGCGGAGCUUCAGAAGGAGAUCUCGUCUCUGCGCGCGAGCAGCUCUGCAUCCGACGCUGUGCCAUCGACACAGGUGCGCCUGCUCACGGAGCGGGCCCAGACCGCCGAGAAGCGGGCAAACCAGGCCGCGCAGAGCGUUGCGCAGCUCGAGCAGCGCCUUUCGGACAUCCAGUCACGAUCGGGGCAGGCUGAAACCAAGUGGGAGGCACGUGUCAAGGAGUACGAAACGAGGUUGCGGGCUGCGGGUGAGAAGAUUAAGGCCGAGAAGCAGGGGGGCAAGGAGCGUGCUUUGCAGCUCGAGGCCCAGGUCCGCGAUCUGGAAAGACAGGUCGAGUUGAUCAAGAAGCGAAAUGCGCGUGCCGAGGGGGUCGUUGCAACAGCUGCGCACCUGAUGGACAACUAGGUGUGACGCGAACGCGACGCGAAGCGAGGUGCAACCUUGCCACGUUUCCCAUAUCUGUAUUACAAUGUGUCUAGUGUCGAGCGAGCG